CCAGGCCAGCUUGUACCCUCCCUCAGCCACCUGUCAUGUGGGCGUAGUCAGCAUGGGCGCUGCUAGGACGGUGCUCAGGGUGUGUUGUGCCCGGACGUUCUUUUUAGAAUGAAAAGAAUCCGACCAGAAUCGUUACUCGCUCACUGCACAGCAUGUCUCUUCCCAGCUCACAGACUGCGAACCCCCGCCUGGCUAGAAUACUCUCUGCGCUGUUCUAUGGACUCAGCUCCUUCCUCAUUGUUUUGGUCAACAAGACCGUGCUCACCACAUACAGGUUUCCAUCAUCAACAUGUCUUGGAAUUGGACAGAUGGGGAUUACGAUCUUAGUAUUGUACAUAGGGAAACUAUACAGUAUCAUUACUUUUCCUGAUUUUGACAGGCAGAUUCCAAAAAAGUUAUUUCCCCUACCUCUAAUCUACAUUGGUAAUCAUUUGACAGGGUUAUCAAGUACACAGAAACUAAGCUUGCCCAUGUUUACAGUCCUCCGUAAAUUUUCAAUUCCAUUAACGCUCAUUCUUGAAAUUAUUAUCCUUAGGAAACGGUAUACAUUUUCAGUUGUGCUGAGUGUUGUUUUGAUGGUUCUUGGGGCUUUAAUAGCAGCUAGUUUUGAUCUUUCAUUUAACUUGGAAGGAUACAUCAUAGUGUUGUUGAAUGACUUAUUCACAGCUUUAUAUGGAGUUUAUACAAAGGAGAAAAUUGAUCCAAAGGAACUGGGUAAAUAUGGAGUUCUUUUUUACAACGCAAGUUUUAUGAUUCUUCCCACCUUGCUUUUUACUUUAUGGACUGGAGAAUUUUGGCAGGCUGUAAGUUUUAGUGAAUGGACAAAUAUCUAUUUUACUGCACAAUUCGUCCUUUCCUGCUUGAUGGGAUUUAUCCUGCUAUAUUCAAUUGUGCUGUGCAGUUACUAUAAUUCAGCUCUUACAACUACUGUUAUUGGUGCUCUCAAGAAUGUAUCCGUGGCCUAUAUCGGUAUUAUCUUCGGAGGAGAUUACAGCUUUUCUUGGUUAAACUUUAUAGGUUUAAAUAUUUGUAUGGCAGGUGGCAUUUCUUACUCUUUCUUUACAUUAUGGUCAAAUAGACAACCCAAGGACAACAAAAUGGAGAUCAAGGAUGCAAACAGCACUCGCCUGCGGGAAGAUGAGAAAAACGCAACAUAUGAUUUAGAACAACGGUUACCAAUCAGGCACAAUGAAAAAUAAG